AGCCCGUGCUUCCUGAGGGGCCCCUGCCGAGAUCUGGGGCGAGAUGGCCGCAGACUGCCGGGUGCCCGAGCCUCGGAUCUUCCUGUGCCUCGGGGCGCUCCUGGCCUGCUGGGUCGCAGCAGAAAUGGAGGUUGUCAUCAUCGGAGAAGUCCAUGAGAACGUUACUCUGCCGUGUGGCAACAUCUCAGGGUCCAGGGGCCUGGUGACUUGGUACCGGAAGGACUCGGAGCCUGUCUUCCUCCUGUCCUCCAAUUCCAGCCUCCCACCAGCCGAGCCGCGCUUCUCUCUCGUGAACGCCACCUCUCUGCACAUUGAGGGGCUGAGCCUGCAGGAGCAGGGGAACUACACCUGCCAGGAGGUCCUGAACGAGACUCGAUGGUUCCGAGUGUGCCUGCAGGUGGCCAGUGGCCCCUAUCAGAUUGAAGUCAACAUCUCCGCCACCGGCAAGCUCCCCAAUGGCACCCUGUAUGUGGCCAAGGGCACCCAAGUGGACUUCAGCUGCAGCAGCAGCUCCUAUCCUCCACCCACGGUUGAGUGGUGGUUCCAGGCCCUAGAUUCCAGGAGGGAGCCUUUUGGAAACAACGUGACAACUAGCUUCUUCGCGCUGUUACAGAUAUCACAGAACCUCCAAGGGAACUACACCUGUUUGGCUAAGAACGUGCUCAGUGGGAGACAUCGAGAGGUGACCACUGAGCUCCUGGUCUACUACCCCCCUCCAUCAGCGCCUCAGUGCAGGGCAGAGAUGUCACUGGGAUUGGUCAUGCUGCAGCUCACCUGUCGCUGGGAUGGGGGAUACCCAGACCCGAACUUCCUGUGGACAGAAGAGCCAGGAGGUGUGAUUGUGGGCAAGUCGAACCUGGGGGUGGAAAUGCUGAACCAGUCCCAGCUGUCAGAUGGCAAGAAGUUCAAGUGUGUUGGCAGCCACAUCGUGGGGCCAGAGUCAGGAGCCAGCUGCGUGGUCCAGAUCAGGAGUCCCUCCCUUAUCUCUAAUCCCAUGAAGACUUGCUUUGUUGGGGGCAACGUGACGCUCACCUGCCAAGUGUCUGAUGCCUACCCGCCUGCCAAGAUCCUGUGGCUGAGGAACCUCACCCAGCCUGAGGUGGUCAUUCAGCCCAAUGGCCACUAUCUUAUCAGCCAGCACGGCCAGAACUCCACCCUCACCAUCCGCAACUGCUCCCAGCACCUGGAUAAUGGCUACUAUGUUUGCCGGGCUGAGAACCCCGUGGGCGUGAGGGAGGUGGACAUCUGGCUCAUCGUGAGAGAACCUUUAAACAUUGGAGGAAUCGUGGGAACCAUCGUGAGCCUCCUUCUGCUGGGACUGGCCAUUAUCUCAGGGCUUCUGUUGUAUUAUAGCCCUGUGUUCUGCUGCAAAGUAGGAAACACUUUCAGGGGGCGAGACACGGGUGAUGUCAUGGUUUUGGUGGAUUCAGAGGAGGAGGAAGAGGAAGAUGCUGCAGAAGAGGAGGAGGAAGAAGAAGAUGAGAGGGAGGAACUGCCAAAAGAAAGCCCCAAGCAUGGCCACAUUCAUCAAGUAACUGCACUAGUGAAUGGCAACAUAGAACAGAUGGGAAAUGGGCUCCAGGCUCUACAAGAUGAUAGCAGUGAGCUUCAAAGUGACAUCGUUCAAGAAGAAGAUGGGCCAGUUUGAAGAAGAAAACUGUCCAUUGUUAUUUUUUCUUAACAGCUUGGAAAGCAAGGUUGAAGAUGAGCUUUUCGUUCAGCUUCGACUUGCACCCCUUCCUGGGGUCUUGCAUUAGCA